ACAGUUUCACUCAAGCUGAUCACUUCAAGAGAACUUCUAAUUAUUCUUUCAUCCUAUAAAUUUGAAAUCUGCUAAAAAAGAAAAAUCACCAUGUCUUUGGACCUUGAUCGAUACAGCAUGGACAAACCUCGCCACUCUACCAGCCGAGGCCAGCCUAGGUCCCAAUCCAGAUCCCAGGCUAAAUCUGGAGACGUUCUGUGUGAUUUCUGCAUUACUAGGAAGCAAAAAGCGGAGAAGUCUUGCCUGCUCUGUUUGGCGUCUUACUGCGAGGCCCAUCUCCAGUCGCACUAUGAGUAUCCAGCCCUCAUGAAGCACAAACUGGUGAAAGCCACGGGUCAGAUGAGGGAGAAGGUCUGCGCCCAACACGACAAACUCCUGGAGGCCUUCUGCCGCACAGACCAGACCUCUGUGUGUGUGCUGUGUAUGAUGGACGAACACAAGCACCAUGACCUUGUACCAGCUGGAACCGAGAGGACAGAGAAACAAAAACAACUUGGGACAACUCUGCAUAAAUCUCAGCAGAGGAUUGACCAAAGGGUUAAAAAAUGGCAGGAUCUUCGACAAGCUAUGGAGUCAAUGAAACACUCAGCUCAGGUGGUGAUGCAGGAGAACGAGCGCAUCUUCACUGAGCUGCUCCUGUCCAUCGAGAGAAAGUACAACGAGGUAAAGGAGAUGAUCCGCGCUCACGAGAAGGCCACGGUUACACGCUCUGAGCUCCUGCUGGACCGGCUGGAGGAGGAGAUCACCCUGCUUAAGAAGAGACACAAUGAUCUAGAGAAACUCUCCCAUACAGACGACCACAUUCACUUCCUGCAGAGUUGGCAGUCUCUCGCUGGUCCAUCCGGAUAUGAAGACCUCAAUCGUAUCAGCGUUGCUCCAAACUACUCCUUCGAUUCUACCAAAAGAGCUGUUGCCUCGCUAAAAUUACAAGUGGAGGAAGUCACCAAGCAAGAAAUGAGCAAAAUCUCUGCGUCAGUCAAAGAUGUCUACAUCACGCAAGAAGAAGACAAGGAACCCAGGAGGGAAUCGUUUUACAAGGAGGAUUCAAGAAGAGAGGAUUCAAGGAGGGAUGAGACAAGGAGAGAGGAUUCAAGGAGGGAGGAGCCAAGGAGGGAGGAGUCAAGAAGCAGAGAUGAGCCAAGGACCAGAGAUGAUUUUUUACAGUACGCUUGUCUGUUGAGUCUGGAUGUCAACACUGUUCAUCCCAAUCUGCACCUUUCUGAGGGAAACAGAACAGCUACUAUGAAGACUGAGCCCAAGAACUACCCCGACCACCCAGAACGCUUUGAAACUUGGCAACAGGUCCUUUGCAGAGAGACCCUAACUUCCUCUCGCUCUUACUGGGAGGUGGACUGGAAGGGCACGGAGGUCGACAUAGCUGUGACCUAUAAGGGAAUCAGACGCAAAGGCAACGACAAUGAUUGCAGUCUGGGCUGGAACAAUAAAUCCUGGAGCCUGUACCUCUCAGACUCCAAAGUGUCUUUUGUGCACAACAAUAAGAGCACAGAUCUGUCAGUCCCUCGUUCAUCUCGUAUUGGGGUCUACCUGGAUUACAUUGCAGGUACCUUGGCAUAUUACGCUGUUUCUGGUAACAACAUGCAGCUUCUCUAUAAAGUCCAGACUUCUUUCACCGAGCCCCUGUAUGCUGCAUUCAGUGUGUGGGGCUUUGGAACCACCAUCAAGCUGUAGAAGGUACAUCGACAUUAAAAACUCUUCAGUUACUGUUUCUUUAAAUAUGAUAUAUGCUAUAAUUUGAAGUUAAUUGUUCUGAAUUUACUGCAUUUUAAUACCACUAAUCUGAACAUGAUGAGUAAUUAUAUUGAUCAAAUGCUAAACUAAGCUUACAAUAACCAAGUUUAAAGCGCCCAUAUUAGGCUAUUUUGAUCAAUGUUAUAAUGUUGCUUCUUCAUCAGAAAUAUACCGAGAGUUGUGUUUUGUUUCAUUCAUAUAUGCAUAACACACAAAUCCUGCAUAUUUAGACUCUGUCCCCUUGUGAUGUUAUGUUACUCAAACAUGUGUGAAUGAAACAAAACACAACUCCAGGUAUGAUUUUGAUUAGGUAAUAGCACCAUAACAUGGCUUAAAGGUCACAAGAAUACAUUUUCUAUAAUAUUACCACUUUAAAGCCUUUCUAAAUUUACAAUAAUACACUUUCUGUCUUUGUAAUUUGUACUGUAUUUUAUUUACUUUUUGCAAAAGUUUUGUACAACUCGCUAACUUUUUAUUAUUAUUAUUUUAAUGGUAUGAUUAAGUAUAUUUUAGCCUAGCCUGCUAAUUACAUAAAUUAAGAUCAGGUUAACCUUUUUCACAAUAAGGCAAACUGUAAACUGCCAACCCUAUCCAGGGUGACCAGACGUCCCAGUUUUGAGCCCUGUGUCCCCUGUCCUAGCAAAUUUAUUCAAAACCAAUGAUUUGUCCCAGUUUUAUACAAGGCAUGUCCAAGGCUAUUUUGGAUCAGGCUAUUUUGGACCAAUUUGAUGUAAACAAGGACUAUAUCAGGUCUAUUUCAGGUCUAAACCAGGACUAAACUAGGGCAAAAAUUUGGACUAUAUCAGUUUUAAACCAGGUCUAAACCAGAGGAGCAUAAAUGGCAUUUGUUCAGCUAAAAUACAGAAGCACUUCUGUAUUUUGGCUAAGUGCUAGUAAACCAAAUUAAUUACUUUAUGAUUUUGUAUAAAUUUAACACCGCCCUUGUCAGAAGCACUUCUGUAUUUUGUCUCAGAUUAUGCACUCACCCCCACGUGAGUCAACAGUGGACAGUGCUACAUACUUUUUUCACAAUUUUUUCACAAAAUAUCUACCAUCCCAACCCGGGUGUGUCCCUGUUUAUAAUUUUGAAAAUCUGGUCACCCUACUCCUAACUAACUUUCGCUGUUAUUUCUUUUCUAAUAAUUUAUCUUUAAUAAUGAUUUAUCUUUUAUUUGUUGUUUUUGUAUACUUUGAUUUUGAUAAAUAAAGGAACGUAGCAAUGCACACAA